AUGAGCAGAUCGUCAGAGUGGGGCGAAGAUAUACAUGAAUUUAUUUUAUUGACCAAUUUAACACUGAACGAUCUCAAGGACGAGUUUCUGAAGGUUAUAAAAAUUCUAUUGGAGUUGACGCCUGUGAUGCUUCAGUGUUUGCUUAAAAUGAAGUUAGAGGAAUGUCUUGUAGAAGCCAGCUUCAACGCUAUCUAA